AGACACAAUUUUCCAAAGAGAAAGAAGCUUGGCAGUGUGGGGUGGGAAUCCCCCGUCGUCUACUCUCAUGUUAUCAUCAUCAUGUCAAACCUUAACCAGCAUCGUUCUUCCCUUGUAUUGUUGUUUGCCUGCAUCUCCCUCUUCCCGUUCCGGCCGUUUGCUGAGGAUGUCUACUCAGCGUCCCCUUCACCUCCUUCUCAAAUGCCACGAAUUGCCGAUUGAGAUGGAGCCCUCUUCGUCGGAAAAGCAUGAGGAGGGCGAUGGCGACGACGACUACGAAGAGAAACCAGAGCGGGUCGUCCAAGUGCCCCGGCAAAAGUACAUCCCAAUCACUAAGGCGCAGCUUUUGGACGCCAUUUUGAUGACCGCGUUCGACAAUCAGGACGACGCCCUUCAAUUCCUCAAUGUGUCUCGGUGUUUGGACGCCAUUAUUCAUGCUGAACAUAAAGUCGUUUUAGAAGACAUGCGGGCUGAUUAUUCCAUCAUUUCGGCUUUCGCGGGAAAGGAGGAAUCGGUUGAUGGUGGGAGGCACGGUGAGCUCGUCGCCGAUAAGAUGAAGUCUGACACGACCACGGAUGGCGAGGAGGGUAAGAUAGAAGUUGAGGAGCAAUUUCCUCUACUGUCCGCUACUAUGUUGAAGAACCUGGUUGGUUCUUCCGUAAACAAUGGGAGGAAAUGCAGUGGUGAUCCAUCCAGAGUUGCUGUGGCCACUCGUUUCCAGCGGGCUUUCAUGCAACUUCUUUGCAAUGCACAGUUUGAAGAACUAUCGGCUAGUGAUUUAAUGUUGACGUCCGCAUUGAAUACUGACUAUCUUCUUACGUUGCCCAUAUAUGUUGACUGGAAGAGAGCUUCUAAGGCAAAUGCUAUAAUAUACAGGCGGGGUUAUGCAACUGAGAGGCAAAAGGGCCUACUGUUAGUUGAAAAAUUGGACUACAUACAGUCCAAACUUCUGCAAGGAAUUCUCAUUACCAUAUCAAAACCAUUGGGGAAGCUUGGGGCGUGGGUGAUUGAGAAAUUGAAAGGUUCUUAUUCAACUGAAGAAAUCAAGGAUUGGACAAAGAAAUUUAAGCAUUGGGUUUUAGAAGCUUCCGAGUUGCAGAACUCAGAUUUUCUAGAGAUCCUUGAUGGUACAUUUGAAGUAGGAUCGCAGUUGAAUCAGGAGCUCCCUAUCUGGCUUGCAGCCCAAAAGGCAGUGCAACGUUAUGAAGGCAUCUUAUCAUCAACUGGACCUCGUGGAAGGCUUUUAAGGAAAUUGCUUACAUGGACUGGACUUGUGCCUCCAAUGCCAGAAACCCCAUUCGAGUUCAAGGGUGAUAAUGAUGAGUCUGAACCUUAUUUAAGGCCAAUCUCCAUAUCCAGGAUUUCACUUAGUGACAUAUGGAGGCCAGUUACGGAAAAAUACAGGGCAAACAAUGUUUGGGAAGUGUUGAAGACCGGAGUUUCCAUUCUCCUCUCGCAAUCUACCCUUCAGGAAGCAGCCUUCCAAGAGUUGGUAUUGCUCUAUACUGAAGAUGUGAACGAAAGUGAUGUGCAAGGUGAAUCUGAGUUUAAAUCAUUGCAAGUAAAGAUCUAUGAGAGGAUCCCUAUUCCAGAUUUGCUGGUUAUCUUUCCUCACAAAAGGCUAUCAUUCCGUAUCAUAGACACGGUGCGCUUGGACAUUGCCACAGUAUUGGGACUUCUGGCCUACAUCAUAAACUACAAAUUUGAAGAUAUAGUAUCCUCACCGUCGGCAAUAUUUCUUGAUGCAAUUGCCAUUAGCGCCCUUUUUAUAUUUCUGAUUCGUGUAGUGCUGGGUUACAAGCAGACACGAGAUAGGUAUCAAUUAUUGGUGAACAGGACUCUUUAUGAGAAAACUCUAGCUAGUGGAUUUGGCUCUGUUCAUUUUCUUUUGGAUGCUUCCGAACAGCAGCAGUACAAGGAGGCUAUUUUGGCCUAUGCGAUCCUACUAAAAGCAAACCAAGACCAGGUAAAUGCUCGCCAGUGCAUUGGAGACAAAUGUGAGAAAUUCAUGUAUGAUACAUUUAAAGUACAGGUUGACAUGCCAGUUGAUAAAGCAAUGGACACUUUGAUGAGGUUAGGUCUAGUUAGCGAAAGACAUAUCAAUGGAAUUGCCUCACUGCAGGCUAUUCCCUGUGUAAAAGCAUAUGGGGCCCUUAAGGUUCGAUGGAACAGUAUGCUUAGCUAAGGUUGUUCAGCUAAUUGUCUAAGUCUUGUUAUUUAACCAAAUCUAUCUUGUCUUUGUAAAUGUUUUAAUCUUGGUUGUGCAAUAUCUCAAUUUGCUAUUUUUUCA